CAGGGCUCCUCCAGGCUGACCCGCCGCGUCCGUAUAGCUACCAAGCGAACGGCUCGGCACACGUCUUCAGUCCCCCGAGGGUUGCCAAAUCGUCGGCGGGCGACUGUGAUUUGCGCGCGCGCGAUGACCGACACAUUCAGAGUAACAUCCCAUCCUGAGCGCGGCCGCUGCGCCAUCGCAACCAAAGCGCUGCGCCCCGGCGACCUCAUCAUCUCCGAACCCACUCUAGCGUUCGCCAUCAACGACGCCUUGGUCCGCAAGCGCUGCGCCGUGACGGGCUGCGACACGAAUGAUAUAACGUGCGCGGAAUGCGCGAAUGUCGAGCACUACUGCGACGGCGUCGCAGAAGGCGGCGAGACGCGGCUCGCGCGACUCGUCGCGGCCGCGCGGGCCAGGGACCGCGAGGGGCUCGCGGGACUCGUCUCGCACAUCGACGACGUCGACGACGAGACGUUGGAAUUUGCGACCUACGCCGCGGCGCUGGCCCGGCAGUGGUGGCCCCUCUCCGCCAAAUGCUCCACAGAGAGAGCCUUGGAGGACGUCCUACGGUGCCACUGCAACGCCUUCGCCGUGCUGCUGCCGACGCCGGCCCUCGCGCACCACAAGCGCCCGGCCAUGGCGGGGCUGGGCACGCGGCACGGCCUCGCGAAGGAGAUCGGCCUCGCGAUCUGUCCGAAAGCGGCGGUCUUCAAUCACUCCUGCGCCGCGAACGCCUUCGCGCGGGUGCGCCUGCGGCCGGGCCAAUCACCGAGCGUCGAGGUCCGCGCGAUCGCGCCCAUCGCUGUAGAUGAGGAGAUCUGCAUCUCCUACGCCGAUAGCGUCGGCGACGUGACGGCGCGGCGGAAGGUGCUGCGCGACUCGUUCUUCUUCGACUGCGCGUGCGACCGGUGUACGCGGGAGGAGACGACGCCGACGCCGUCUUUUGUGAUUGAGGGCGACGCCGCGGCGAAGGCGACGGCGCUCGAGGCGUCCAGCGACCCGACGGCGCGCCUCGUCUACGCGCCGCUCGCGCGGUGCCUCGAGAGCGAAUCAAAAGGCGAACCGUUGUCGCCGCACGUCGGCGGCAUCGUCCUCGAGAACCUCCGCCACGCCUUCGGCCCGGGCUUCGGCGAGGAGUGGGGCGACAGGAGGAUAUAUCCACAAUAAAUAGUUAGUCGGCCA